UAUCUGUCGCAAUUCUCGGGUCGAAAGCUUCCAAUGGAUCUCCCCUGUAACUUGGCACGCGCUAGCCUCUGGAAAAAGAGAGAGAGCGAGAGAGAGAGCCGCUGCAAUUGCCAUAGCAUCAUAAGCUUCAGACCAAGAAAACAACCACCUUGGAUUUGCGACAAACCAGAACUAUCAACCGAACCACAAACACACCCACUUGUUUCGACCUCUCUAUAUAAAACUCCUACUCAAAAUGGAUGGCAUGGGUCUCACAGCAGCCGAGCAGCGCACGCUCGAGCAACGCCUGCAGAAGCGCCAGAUGAAGGAUUUCAUGAACAUCUUCGGAAACCUGGUGGACCACUGCUUCGUGUCGUGCAUCGACGACUUCACGUCCAAGUCGCUCUCGAACCGGGAGACGGGCUGCAUCACGCGGUGCGUCCAGAAGCAGAUGGCCCAGUCCCAGCGCCUGAGCGAGCGCUUCGCCGAGCACAACGCCCAGCUCGCCCAGUCGCAGCAGCAGCGGUAGAGGAACGAAGAAGAAGAAGAACAGAAGAAGAAAAAAGAAGAACGGAAGGACGGAAGGAAGGAAUGGGAUGCAGGCAAAAACAGCAAACAACAACAACAUCUUCCUCGCCAUGAAUGACCUGUGAAGGGGCUGUUGCGGAAUGCUUGCAGCCGCGUGUGUCAAAGUGUAUCAUAAAAACCUCGACAGAGCCGUAACGGUUGACUCGGGUUCACGUCUUUUUGGGGGCCAAAAGAAAAAGGGACGGAGAUGUGUUGCAGGUCCUCCCUGUAUAUUUGUACUAUAAUAAAAGGUAAAGAGGCCGGUGCAUUGCUCGCAUGUGUGGGCAGGAGAAGAUCCCGAAAUAUUCAACUCUGUUCACGACACUCUAGACGCCUCGUAUAACACACUGCAUCACAAUA